CUAACGAGACAAAUGGAUGAUAGUAGUAUACUGAUCUGUAAUGCUCAGCACGGUUUAUGAUUGUGUAAAAGUUGAAUAUAUAGAGUUGAUUUAAUAGUACGCUUCAACUAUAUAGUAAUAUACUAUAAUAAACUGAUUUUUAGUUAUGAUUCAAGCCAUGAACAUAACCGAACCUUUAACUAAUGCUAGUACUCUAGCAAACGAUACCUGUUUAAACAACAACUGUUUUAAACCGUAUGAAAUACCAGCCCUAACUUUGGAAUGGAAAAUACUGAUACCAUUAUACUGUCUGAUCUUUGUAUUAUCUGUUGUUGGGAACAUACUGGUUAUCUUGACGUUAGUCCAAAACAAACGGAUGAGAACUGUGACGAAUGUGUUCUUGCUCAACCUUGCCAUCAGUGAUUUGUUUAUAGCUAUACUGUGUAUGCCCUUCAACACAAUACCACUCAUUCUACAGAAUUUCGUAUUUGGAAAGUUUAUGUGUAUAUCAGUACGUUAUCUGCAAGGUGUUUUCUUUUGUGUUGGUUGCUUUACUUUAGUCAUUUUAUCCUUAGAGAGAUAUUUCGCAAUAUGUAGACCAUUACAUUCCCGGAAAUGGCAGACUCUGUCACACUCGUACAAGAUUCUUGGAAUAUGUUGGAUCUUAUCCUUUAUAGUGAUGAUACCAUCAGCUGUAAACAACAAGUACAUAUCUCUUAUUUACGGAAACAAUAUGUGUCGAGAAGAAUGGGACAACACUUCAUUUGAGAUCGGUUACACAAUAGCACUACUCAUAUUACUUCUUGUUGGGCCCGUGGUCACAAUGACAAUUGCUUACAUGUUAAUAGCCGUAACGCUUUGGAUUGGAAUGAAAAUGGAUACACAGAAUGAACUAGAAUCAACCAUUGGAUCACAAAAUGGAUCUUGCAAAAAACCUGACGUAGUUCCGAUAGCGAAGCCUAAAGGUCGAUACGAUCUCCAACGUGGAAUGCGUCAGUCGAACAGUGAAAGAAGUAGGGCGUCAAAGAAGAGGGUCAUCAAAAUGUUGUUUGCAGUUGUCUUUGAAUUCUUUGUAUGCUGGACACCCAUGUUCAUCAUCCAAUCAUGGGUUAUUAUAGACGAGAAUUCUGCGGAACUAUACGUCACGAACGAACUGUCGUCUGCGUUUCACUUACUUGCCUACGUAAGCACGUGCUGUAAUCCUAUAACAUAUUGUUUCAUGAAUCGUAACUUCAGACAGGGAUUUUUUUCUGCUUUUCGUUGUUUAAGACGUCAGAGGAUUUAUCGACAAAAAUGCAGCAGUUUAUCGUAUUCGGGAGGGUCAUAUGUAAAUACGAAAAUCAGCAAGGCUGGUUCAUAUGAGAGAUCUCACCAUUUUGAAAAUGCUGUUGAAUCUGAGGAGACAUGAAUGUUUAGUGUAUUAAGGUCUCGAUACACAACAUUGAAAGUUGGGAUUUAAAAGUGCAAUUAAUAAAACGACUUAGUUAAGAACGUGUCUGACUACCACUGAAGUAAAUGAAUGAACUAAAUCACAACAGUUGAAUUUGAUUUCAAACAACAUUGCUUAAUUAGUUCAUCCCAUCAAAAAAUAUAAGUAAACAGUCGAGUCAAUACAUGUUUCACCUAAAUGAUAUCAACAAUGGUGUGUUGAGAUGUUGUUGUCCUUUAAAAUUUGCGUGUUUCACCGUUAUACUAUAUCUCUUAUGUAAUACUAGCCAAUCAUGCUCAAAUUGGAGUAAAUGCAAAUUUGCUACAUGUAAAUGUGAAAGCUGGCAGGUUUACGUUAAUGAUUCUUAAACCCAAAAAAUACGCAAUACAAUUGAGAAUGGAAAUCAAGAAUAUUAAAAGGGCCAACAACCCGACGAAAGAACAGAUAACAGAUGGAGGCCACCAACGGAUCGUCAACGCAGCAAGAAAAUCCAGCUGGCCCCUUAAUGCAAUUGUGCACUAGUUCAUUGUAAACAGACGUCACACUCAACUCCAAAACAUAUAAAUGAACUAAAGAAAAAACAUACACGACUAACACAUUAUUGAACACAAGAAAACCCGAUAGACAACAAGCACAAUAGACGGGAACCUUUUAUAUCAUCGCAUGUGGUGGUCAAUCUUUGACACGCAUACAACCCAAGAACUGCUUACAUUGACCACACCAGAUUAAGCACUUCACACAUUAACUUGUGAUUGGUUAAAACUAGUUUAAAUUAGUUUUAUGCUGAAACAAUUAAUUAUCAAUUAGCAGAAGGACAAACUUCAAACAGAAUUGACUGUACAGUUUGGACCAGUUAAAACAAGUUCCACCUGGUUAAAACAAUACGUACAAAAUUUAUGGUCAUAAUAACAGAUCAGGAAGAAAUCACGCAGUACUUUAUACUGCAAUUAGGACGCUUCCUGUUGUCUUUAUCUACCAACUAUAGUAACUAAGUGAUAUUGCAUGCAAUGCCGAGUGUAUGUCUUUACAACUGGAAUCUGGUUGGGAGAUGGCAAAUAAGUUUUAUUUGUGUGCCAAAUUUUCAUUACUACAAUUGUAGCCAAGUUUUAAGAUGCAUUAUAAAAGCAAUGUCUGGUCAAUGUCCGAUAAAUAUCAAUGUGUUUCAUUCGGCACACACCUGGAAGGCUGUACUUAAUGUGAAUAUUAUAUUAUAUAUACAUUUUGUACAUCCAUGGCUUCUAAAUUUAUAAGAUAAGCUAUUAUUCUAUUCUAUGAGUCGUUAUAAUGCGAUCUUGUAAUGCGAAAUAAAAAAAUAAUUGACAUCGGAAUAGACGAAGUCUUAAAAAUAUAGAACCAGGGCAAAAACAUAAAAAAAAAUCUAUGAAAAUGACCAUGACCAGAAACAAAAAAGAAAAAUAAUCCAACUUCAUCUGCCUUGCUGUUCAUUACAGUGAUAGAAAACAAAUCUAAAUUUAAUAUUUAGUAAUACUAUUCAAUCCAAAUGCUUAAUUCGUUGACGUUAACAAUUCAUCAAUGUUUACAUCGUUGUUCAAGUAACACAUUCAUAAUACUGUAUCAGUAAUACAAAUACACAAAUGUAUUUACCAUAUUUGUUGACCAUGAAAUGUGUUUUAAAGGUAGCGUUUCCAGAGAGAAAAUAUCUUAAAGUUUGGGUCAUAUUGUUAUAAAGGUAAACCCGUUGUUUGUAUGUUUUGAUUGUUUUAUUUCAGU